GAGGGCAAUUUAUUACCAACAUGGCUCGCACACGACGUGCAUACACGAUGGGGAGGAACGAAGACAAAUCUGGGCAAUGCCAGCAACAUCAGAAACACAAGAGCGGCGGACAAUGCAACAGCCAGAAGCUCCGGUCAUGGAUUCGUCUGCCACGUUCACCUGUUCAGAGCCAUUCUCGUUCACGGAUAGCGCCGAACAAGUGCAGCCAACGCUCACGUGGAGCGGAAGUCCUCCGUCGGACCCCAUGGAGCUCGAGGUUCAGCGGAUACCGCAGAUGCCUUUGUACCUCCAAGGCGCCCUUUCUGCGGAACAGCGUGAAGUGCUCAAAGAAAUCCAGUAUGGUUCAAGAGGGCAAAGCGGCGCAGUAGCAGGGGUGACGAGGGGGACGAGAGCAGGAAUGGCGGAAAGCAGCAGUGGUAGAGGAGGAGGAAGAGGUAGU